AUGCUUUCCACUCUACGAGUCGCUAGCCGUUCGGCUGCUGUUCGCGAGGCUAACCUGCGCACUGUGGUUAUUGCUAGACAUGCUUCCGCCUGGUCCAAGGUUCCCCAAGGUCCUCCUGAUGCAAUUCUCGGUAUCACCGAGGCUUUCAAGGCCGACUCCUUCAAGGAGAAGAUCAACCUGGGUGUUGGUGCCUACCGCGACGACCAGGGCAAGCCCUACGUUCUGCCCUCUGUCCGCACCGCCGAGGACAAGGUCGUUGCAUCGCGCGUCGACAAGGAAUACGCCGGCAUCACCGGUAUCCCAGCCUUCACUAGUGCCGCCGCUGAGCUCGCCUACGGCAGUGACUCCUCCGCCAUCAAAGACGACCGUCUCGUCAUUACACAAACCAUCUCCGGUACCGGCGCCCUCAGAAUCGGUGGAGCUUUCCUCCAGCGCUUCUACCCCGGCGCGAAGAAGGUCUACCUACCCAACCCCAGCUGGGCCAACCACGCCGCCGUCUUCAAGGACUCCGGCCUCGAGGUCGAGAAGUACAGUUACUACAACAAGGACACCAUUGGCCUUGACUUUGAGGGUCUGAUUGCCGAUAUUAAGGCUGCUCCCAACAACAGCAUCAUCCUGCUCCACGCUUGCGCUCACAACCCUACCGGUGUUGACCCCACCGAGGCUCAAUGGCGCCAGAUCAGCGAUGUCAUGAAGGAGAAGGAGCACUUCGCCUUCUUCGACAUGGCCUACCAGGGCUUUGCCAGUGGUAACGCCGACAAGGAUGCCUUUGCUCCCCGCCACUUCGUCAAGGAGGGCCACAACAUUGCCCUGUGCCAGAGUUUCGCUAAGAACAUGGGUCUCUACGGUGAGCGUGUUGGCGCUUUCUCCCUCGUCUGCGAGUCGACCGAGGAGAAGAAGCGCGUCGAGUCUCAGAUCAAGAUUCUCAUCCGUCCUUUCUACUCUAACCCUCCCGUUCACGGUGCCCGCAUCGCUUCCACCAUCAUGAACGACCCCAAGCUGAACGAGCAGUGGCUCGGUGAGGUCAAGGGUAUGGCUGAUCGCAUCAUCGAGAUGCGCGCCCUGCUCCGUAAGAACCUCGAGCAGCUUGGCAGCAAGCACGACUGGUCCCACAUUACCAGCCAGAUCGGCAUGUUCGCCUACACUGGUUUGAAACCCGAGCAGAUGGAUGCCCUCGCCACUGAGCACUCCGUCUAUGCUACCAAGGACGGUCGUAUCUCCGUCGCUGGUAUCACCUCCGGCAACGUCACCCGACUCGCCGAGUCGAUCUUCAAGAUCACCGGCUAA